UCCCGCCUCCUCCCGCUCGGGCUCCCGCCACCAGCAGAAGCAGCAGCCGUCGCCGCCGCCGCCGCCGCCGCCUCAGCCUCAGCCGCAGCCUCAGCCUCAGCCACCGCCGCCCCACGCCGAGCGCCCGCCAUGCCUAACAUCGUGCUGUUCAGCGGUAGCUCGCACCAGGACCUGUCCCAGAAAGUGGCGGACAGGCUGGGGCUGGAACUUGGCAAGGUGGUCACCAAGAAAUUCAGUAACCAGGAGACCAGUGUAGAAAUUGGUGAAAGUGUGAGAGGGGAAGAUGUCUAUAUCAUCCAGAGCGGCUGUGGGGAAAUUAAUGAUAACUUGAUGGAACUUCUCAUUAUGAUCAAUGCUUGCAAAAUUGCAUCUUCAUCCAGAGUGACUGCGGUGAUCCCAUGUUUUCCAUAUGCCCGACAAGAUAAAAAAGACAAGAGUCGUGCUCCAAUUUCUGCAAAACUUGUGGCCAAUAUGCUUUCAGUGGCUGGGGCUGAUCAUAUCAUUACAAUGGAUCUCCAUGCUUCUCAGAUACAGGGGUUUUUUGAUAUUCCGGUGGAUAACUUGUAUGCAGAGCCUGCUGUCUUACAGUGGAUUCGAGAAAACAUUGCAGAAUGGAGGAACUGUAUCAUUGUGUCUCCAGAUGCUGGCGGAGCUAAAAGAGUGACAUCAAUUGCUGACAGACUGAAUGUGGAAUUUGCUUUGAUUCACAAAGAAAGAAAGAAGGCAAACGAGGUAGACAGGAUGGUUUUGGUUGGCGACGUGAAGGAUCGUGUAGCCAUCCUUGUGGAUGACAUGGCUGAUACAUGUGGCACGAUAUGCCAUGCUGCAGAUAAGUUACUUUCUGCUGGAGCCACCAAAGUGUAUGCUAUUCUGACUCAUGGAAUCUUCUCUGGACCAGCUAUUUCCAGAAUUAAUAAUGCUGCAUUUGAGGCAGUGGUAGUCACAAAUACAAUUCCACAAGAGGACAAAAUGAAACACUGCUCUAAAAUCCAGGUUAUUGACAUUUCAAUGAUAUUGGCUGAAGCAAUAAGGAGAACACACAAUGGUGAAUCUGUGUCUUACCUGUUCAGUCAUGUUCCACUAUAACUCCAGAUCAUGGCUUUCUUGUAGGCUGUGUACAACCAGUCUGUUUUUGUUUAAUUAUUGGGACUCGAUGUUCAUUAAAGCUUCAUUUGUGUGUGCUUUGAGAUGCCUCUUUUCCUUUCCUGAACCUGUUGUUGUCUUUCCAACCUUCUUCUUAACCUCCCCUGUUUCCUCCCCCCUUUUCCCUUUUUUUUUUAAUGAAUUGGCUUGUAUGGGAAAUGUCUGCAUUUUGUUCUGUUAUGGCAGAUAACUUUUUCCUAUACUCUUACUUUACAUUGGAGCUGCAAUUGUAAGAGUAUAAUUACAUUUCAGAAAUUUUUUAAUUUUAUAUAUCUGGGUUUGUCAAAGGUAACCCUGUAUUAAAGCAUUUUGUGUAUUACUUAUUUAAUAAAAAUGCCUAUGGGCAUUUGGGUAAAACCCCUGCUAAUAUAGAAUUAGACCUUUUAUUCAGUAUAACCAUUAUUUUAGAAAAUUGUAGGGUACCUUGAAUGUUGACCUUUUUUGUUAGUUGGAGUUCAGAUUGAUUUCUUGGACUUUACCUAGUUUAAACAAAGUUUUGAUCAGCUUUAAUGAUGGUCAUUGACCAAUUUGCUGAUGGAAAUUUGUAGACAAAUCAGUUAAGGGCAAUAUAGUGUAAAUGAAUGUAGUUUUAUCUAUCAUAUCUAAGUUGGUUGUCAUAUUGCUGUAAAUUUCUGCUCAUUGUUUCUGAAAAAUAUUUCUAUGUCAGAAAAUUCCAAAAUUAUUUCUGGCAUUAGAAUUAUUUAGAAAUUUCUAGAUAUAAUCUGUGUCAGACUCGAAUCUCUAGAUUAACUGGUCUGACAAAUUCUGACUUGUAGUGCAUUACAAAUUGAAAAGGGAAAUUGCACAGAAAAUCCCAACUCUUUAAAAAUGCACACUCCAUUCUGUCUUAUAGUAGUAUUCUUUUAUAGUGUUAGCUGCAACUUUUGCUUUUCUUUUUUUUGGGGGGGGGGGAGGGAAUUUGCAGCUAAGAAAAAAUUUGACAUUUCAAUGAUUGGAUUCCAAAUCAUUGGACUUUCAAAUCAUUAAAUAUAGAGUAAUGUAUGCUCACACUUGACUAAGGCAAUAUUUAGGGCUUAAAUCCACUAAACCUAUUCAGUCUUUUAAUUUUUCUCUUUGACAUGAGUAAAGUUUAGAAUCAUCAGGACUAUUAAGAUGUAUGUUUAUAUAAUGCCACUUUCCCUUUUUUGUGGUUAAUGUACUUGUGUUAUUUGUAGUCUAAAAUAGUUAAAAGUCUCUAGCAGUUGAUUCGUUAAAUUAUCCCUAAGUUAAAACAUUUACCUAGAAGGCAGUAAUAAAGGAAAUCUGGGGAAAAGUAUUUACAGAUAAAUAUUAAAUGUUUGAUUAGAAUGAUACCUGAUUAUUUCCAAGAGUGUCAGUGAAGAACUAACAUUUUGUCUCAUGAAAAAUGACUUUAUCUUUUCUUAUUUAGAAGUCAAAGGAAACUUGAUGUUAAUACAGCGCCACCCUCCUUCUCCCACAAGAAAACAUCCUGAACAUUAUCUGGUCUUAUUUCCUAAUGCACUUUGGCUAGAUAAAUCUGUAUAAUUCAGACCAAAAAAAGUUACGUACGGUUAUUCAGACCAACCUUAAUGGUAGGAAAUGUCAUUCUCUAAUCUUUUAGUUGAAGAUAACCAACUUUGUUGAUCUUUUUUUUUUAAUGACAGCAUUAUUUAGGAUUACUGAAAGAAUCUUCACGUUAACAGGCCUAAAAAGGAUGAUUUAUCUGACAUUUCAGUUGUUAACAUCAGUCUUACUUCAUCUUUCAAAGUAAUCUGGCAAGAAAACUAUGCAAUACAGUUUAAAUGUGACGAUUCGUGAACAGAUAGCUUGAUAGCAUUGACUUUCUUACUUCUGAGUUCAUCUAAUAUGUUAAAAGAAGGGACCAAAUAUAUACUGCUUUGGCUACUUAUACAAGGUAUCCCAAAAGACUUAGUGCAGUUAUUUAUGUUUGUGUUGUUGGAGUGCAGUGAGAAUAGUAUAGCUGCCAAUUCAGAAUACUUGAAACCCAUUGAAAUGAAAAUGUCCAGAACUGAUUUUAUCCUCUAGCACAAAACAGGAUGAAAUCUAUAUAGCCAGCUCUGAUGAGAAAGCAUUGUUUUAUCCUUUAUUGACCAUUAUUUUUUUUUUGCCUAUUUUAAAAAUAAAUUUAUGAUGUUAAAUAUGGCUGUGUUUACAUAUGUACAAGUAGAAUCAGAUAUAUGUGCAAGAUCAAAUAGUCUGUAAAGGUUGCCUCAAGAGAAGACACUGGUAUUUUUAGGUUUUCUGUUUCCUUUGGGUCUCUUUAGAUUGGCCCACAGGAAAUGAAAUUAGCUGUCUUAUCCAAUAUUGCUGCAUGCAUGGAGAACCAGCUUAUGUCACUUUCCAAAUAAUAUGACUAGGGAACCAUGAUCAUACCAAAGUUGCUCACCCCAAAAUUUUGUCAUAUCAAUCACUUAAGUAUUUAUACCAUAUCAUUCCUUUAUUAGCUAUUGUUAAUGUCCAAGAAUUGUAUUGUUUGUGGUGCUUGUGUUGAUCAGGUCACUGUUACAAAAUGAAUUUCCUGUUAUUUCCUCUAAUAUUGUACUCAAGUAUUUUCAAUAAAAUUGUGUUGCAAAUUGCUCCUUUUA